AUGCCGUCCUGCCCUCGGUACAGUAUCACUGCCCUUGUGUCCGUCUCCUUCGACCACGCCUCGCCGCCGCUCUCCCUCCCGUCCGACCUGCUACUCCUCGCUGUCUUCGACUCCGCCCUCUCCCGCGACGACACGUCAGCAGCUAAUUUUACUGGCUUCGCUGCCGACGCGUCAGGCGGUGCUGAGCUGGCAUCUCUCGACGUCACGCUGUCAGGUGCCCUCACUGAGCUGGCAUCUGACCUAGAUUUCAGAGCGAAGCCCGGGCACGUUUCGCAAGUUCUUCGCUUUCCUGGGCAGCCGUUUAAAAGAGUCGUGCUGCUGGGACUGGGCAAGCCGGAUGUGCUUUUAAAGGGGGAGGCCGGCUCGUGGCAGGGGCUAGGCUCCGCUAUAGCGAGCGCUGCUAAAACGAAUCAAGCUAGCAAGGUAUCCCUUGCAUUCCUCGGCAAGCCAGAGGCGGCGGAGGGGCAGGAGAUUAAAGUCGAGAGCGCGGUUCGAGGGAUAGGGACGGGCGCCAUAGUAGGUAGCUUCGAGGACGUGCGGCUCAAAUCAGAAGAAAUGGAGAAGGCGAAGGCACAGAGGGGUGUGAAGGAGUUGCAAGUGGUGGGGCUGGGUGACGCGGAGUCACUGCAAAAGGACGUGUUCGAGACCGCCCCUCACGCGGACGUGCUGAGCGCGCGUGUACUAGAAAAGGAUGAAUGCGCCGCCCUGGGCAUGGGGUCGUACCUGGCAGUGGAGGAGGCAUCAGCGGCGGACAGCCCGCCCAAAUUCAUCCACGUCACCUACACACCACUUGCUGCUGCUGAUGGUCAAGGGGCGGAGGAGAAGCCGCUGAAGAAGUUGGCGCUGAUCGGCAAGGGACUCACCUUCGACAGGGUACAACCUCAAGGCGGGGCCGGGUUCAAUGAUUCACCUGAUGAAUUUCUUCUUCGCAUCCCCCAUACCCAAUCACUCGUCGCCCAUCCCCACCCAUCCCCACCCAUCCAAACCCAUUCCCACCCAUUCCCACACAUCGCACCCACUAGUGGCGGCUACAACCUGAAGGCGGGGCCGGGUUCAAUGAUUCACCUGAUGAAGUUUGACAUGGGCGGCGCUGCUGCUGUGCUGGGCGCUGCCAAGGCCAUCGCUGCCAUUCAGCCCCAGGGCGUGCAGGUGCAUUUCAUCAUAGCAGCGUGUGAGAACAUGGUCAGUGGGGGCGGCAUGAAGCCGGGCGACAUCAUCACCGCCUCCAACGGCAAAACCAUCGAGGUAGCGGCCAGCGAGCUGCUGAGGCUUUGGCUCGAUUCCUGUCUCUUCACCCCGAGUGAUGAGCUGUUAGCGGAGCUGGAGGCGUCAUCCAAGGCGUGUGGUGACAAGGUGUUGUGCAUGCCCAUGGAGGAGGCGUAA